ACAAAUCCCAUCCGACUCCUGUCACACUCGGUGCACGUUAGUAUUCACCACAGCGCUUCGAGUGAAAUACAAAAACCCCAAAACGAUUUGCAGUGGUUUUUGACGCUCUACCAAUUCCAGAUUCCAGGACUCAAAAGAGAAACCAGAAAGUUCUUUGAGUUUUUGCUUGAGAAUGGCUGGGCUUUCAGGAUAUAGGAGCCUCGCACCUAAGACAAAGAAUCUUGUAGUUGCCGGAGGAUUGACAGCAUUUGUCUUUGGUGUGUACUUCUACACCAUGAGAGCUGUUGGAGGUACAGAUGAACUGCAGAUGGCUAUAGACAAGUUUGAAGAGCAGAAAAGCAAGGAAGCGGUUGACCCAAGUAUGCCAUCAAAGGUUUAAUCUUGUAAUCAGUUUUGUAAUAAUGUAAUCAGGAACUGAGUCAAUUGUUAAUUUUGUGAAAGAUAUUACCAGGAACGGAGUUUAGUUUCUCUUCAAUUUGAGUGGUACAGAAGCAAAUGUUAAUUUUGUGAAAGAAAGCUUCUCAAUACUUUGUUUUGUUCUUCAAUCUGAUGGUUCAGGCAAUUUCAUGAAAUUUUUUUUCUUAUA